AUGGGAGGUUCUGAACAACAAGUUAUAGAAACGAUAAACUCUCAACAACAAGAAAAACAACCAACCAAUGACAAUACAGAAUCUCAACAACAAGAAACACAACCAGCCAAUGAAAGGACAGAAUCUCAACAACUAGAACCACAAGUAAACAAUGACAAUACAGAAUCUCAACAACAAGAAAUACAAUUAACAAAAGAAAAGACAGACUCUCAACAACAAGAAACACAUCUAAACAUUGAAAUGACAGAAUCUCAAGAAACUUCAAAAAGAAAGAAAAAAGAUUGUCGUUACUACAUAGGAAAAGAGUGUGGUAAAAUUUUCUUGAAUAUUUUUUCAGGUUUAAUCUCAUUAAAAUCGGCUAUUUCCCUUGCUUGUCAAUUCCAAUUAUUAUUCUUUAUAAAUGUAAUACUUAUUGGAAUAUUUAUUCUUUUCAUUAUUUCUACUGGUCAUUUAAUACUUGAUUCAACAACUUCCUCUGGUUAUAAAUUCUGUUAUCUUUAUGUGAUAGUAUAUGGAUCAUUACUAUUCCUAAAACUCAUUUAUUAUUUCAUAUUAUUUUCAAUUAAAUAUCUAAGCCGAUCAUAUAUGUAUUUCUUUGGAGAUGAAAAAUCAAAUGACAAUGGAAAAAAAACGUUUGAUGAUAAAUGUAAAAAAAUAUGUUGCUGUAAAAACUGUAAAAGGAUUCUUGAAUGUAUUGUUCAUCAUAUUGGGAUUACUGUUCUAUUUUUUGAUGUGAUUGCUGGGUUAAUUGCUGGACUUUGCAUAACAAAAAAACAUGGAGAACCAAGUGUAUUAACUUAUAUGGGAUAUUGUUAUUUAUUGAUAGGAUUAAUAUGUAUUGGAGUAAUAUUUUUUAUUAUUUCAAUAAUUGACUAUGUAUGUAAAUUGUACUACAACACUAAUGGUUGCUCAAGUAAAUCAGAAGAUGAAAAAAUAGAUAUUUGUAUUAAAGCAAUAGCUUAUUUAUUACCAAACUCGUUUAUAAAUAGAUUUAUAGACUGUUGUUUUUCAUGUUGCUGUCGAAAAAAAUGUGAACACACCUUAAGGCUAGGCGUAAGGCUAGGAAGUCAAUUCAGUGAAGUAGUUUUCAAAGUAAUUUUCUUUAUAGUAUUUUUUAUCCUUUUUUAUAUUGCUAAUAGACAUUCAUGUAAUAAUAAUGGAAAUAUUGGAUAUUAUGUGUUGAUAUUUAUUAUUUCAUUGAUAUCUGGAGCUAUUCCAUCAAUUCGAGCAUUAAGUAAAAAACCAAAGGAUGAUGAAGAUGAGUAUUAUGAUGGUACAAUUACAUACAGUGAUACAGAAAGUAUAGAAAUAGAAAAUGAUGAAGAAAGAGAAAAUCCAAAAAAAGAAAGUAAUGAAGAAACAGAAGAUAAUUGGCACAAAGUACUAAAAGAUUCAUGUGGAUUUAAUAUUAAAUUUUCAUUUGCUUUGUUGAUACUAAUGGUUUCACUUAUUGUUGCAAUAAUAAUUGGUUUAGGAAUUCUUAAAGGCAAAACAAAUCAUAGUGAUUCAUCUCCUUCAACUCCAAAAAAAAGUAUGUUUGAAGAAGAAAAUGAAUAUAUUUCAUUCAGAGCAAGAAUGAAAGAAAUAUAUGAAGGAAUUUCAUAUGAUGAUGAAAUGAAUGAAGAGAUGUAUUAUCGAACAGAAAAUAAAGUGUAUGAACAUUCUCAUUUAUGUGAAAGUGAUUCAUAUGGUAUUACACCUUUUGAUUAUGCAUGUUUAAGUAAUUUAGCAUAUGCAGACAAUGUAAAUGACGCCAAGUAUGCAAACAUAAAGAAAUAUCUUGACGGUAUUGGAUGGAAGGAAAUUGAAAUUCAUGAAAAGAAAAAAGAUGACAAUAAAGAUGGUCCUGUCUUACAUUACCUUAUUGCGAAGAAAACGAAUACAGAUAUUACUGUUUUUGGAUUUAGAGGAUCAUAUGAAUUCUCUGACUGGGUUUAUGAUUUUAAAUUAUUCACAGAAUCUGCAUUGCCACCUUUGUCAGUUUCAAUAUUUCCAGUAUUUACAAAUCAAGCUCUUUUAAAAAUAAGUUAUAUUCUAUCGCUUUUCGGUUCAAAGGCAUUUCCAAUAAGUGGUUAUGAUUUACUUGAUAUUGCAAAAACAGUAGUACAAAGUGAAAUGAGCAAGGCAUCAAAUAAACAAUAUAUUGUUACUGGACAUUCUCUUGGAGGAGGAAUUGCAAAUAUUGUUGGAAGUGAAUUAGGAAUAGUAAGUUUUGGAAUAUCACCUCCUGGAACUUAUUUAGGAGCAAAAGCACGAGGGUUGAAGAAAAAGGAUAUAAGAUUGUUUGCACGUGCUGUAAUUCCUGAUAGAGACCCUGUUGCUUCAUUAGGUGUUGAUGGUGGGUUACAAAUGCCAAUUCCUUGUUAUGAACAUGCAUUUGGUUGUCAUAGUAUUGAGAAUUCAGUAUGUAUGAUUGGUGCGUUAUGCCAUUAUAAUGAAAAUGAAAAUAUAAAGAAAAUAUGUUCUAAGAAUUGGGAUGAUUGGAAGGUAGGUUUUGAUGAUAAAGUCAACUGA